AUGGCGUCUUUCGCCAAUCCCACGCAGAUCUUUGCGGACGAUGUUAUCGAGGAGAAAGGAGAGAACGCCCGUCUCUCUGCCUUCGUUGGUGCCAUCGCCGUCGGAGACCUCGUCAAGAGCACACUGGGUCCCAAGGGAAUGGACAAGAUCUUACAAUCAGCGUCGACCGGAGAAAUUCUCGUUACGAACGACGGUGCUACCAUCCUCAAAGCGAUCGCUCUCGACAAUGCGGCAGCAAAAGUACUAGUGAACAUUUCCAAGGUCCAGGACGACGAGGUUGGCGAUGGAACGACCUCCGUGACAGUAUUGGCUGCGGAGCUGUUGCGGGAAGCGGAAAAGCUUGUCAACCGCAAGAUUCACCCUCAGACUAUCAUCGAAGGAUACCGCAUAGCCAGCCGUGCUGCUCUGGAAGCCCUGGACAAGAUUGCUGUUGACCGCAGCGAGGACCUGGAGAAGUUCCGCAAGGACCUUCACUCGAUUGGCCGUACUACCCUCAGCUCCAAGGUUCUGGCUCAGGACCGCGACCACUUCGCUACGCUUGCCUGCGAUGCCGUUCUCCGACUUCGUGGAUCAACCGACCUUAGUCACAUUCAGAUUAUCAAGAAGGCCGGUGGAAAGCUCAGCGACUCUUACCUCGAUGAGGGUUUCAUUCUGGAUAAGAAGAUCGGUGUCAACCAACCGAAGCGUCUGGAGAACGCUAAGAUUCUCGUUGCAAACACAGCCAUGGACACGGACAAGGUGAAGAUCUUCGGUGCGCGCGUUAAGGUCGAGUCAACAGGGAAACUUGCGGACUUGGAGAAGGCGGAACGUGAGAAGAUGAAGGCCAAGGUUGAGCGGAUCAAGUCGCACGGCAUCAACUGCUUCGUCAACCGACAACUUAUCUACAACUGGCCCGAACAGCUGUUCACCGAGGCCGGUAUUAUGUCUAUCGAGCACGCCGACUUUGACGGCAUCGAGCGUCUGGCGCUGGUCACCGGCGGUGAGAUCGCUUCGACCUUCGACCACCCUGACCAGGUCAAGCUAGGACAGUGUGACGUGAUCGAGGAAGUUAUCAUCGGUGAAGAUACCCUUAUUAAGUUCUCCGGUGUGGCCGCCGGUCAGGCCUGCACAAUUGUCCUCCGUGGUGCUACAGAGCAGCUUCUCGACGAAGCCGAGCGCUCGCUCCACGAUGCUCUGGCCGUGCUGUCCCAAACCGUCAAGGAACCCCGUGUGACUCUUGGAGGUGGUUGCGCUGAGAUGGUCAUGUCCAAGGCUGUCGAACAGGCCGCCCAGAACACCACUGGCAAGAAGCAGCUCGCUGUUGACUCAUUCGCCCUCGCUCUGAGACAGCUCCCCACAAUCCUGGCCGACAACGCCGGUCUAGACUCUAGUGACCUCGUUACCCGACUACGACAGGCAAUCAACAACGGCAUGACCAGCUCUGGACUGGAUCUCCUUACGCCUGGCGGUGGCAUUGCUGACAUGCGUGAGUUGGGUGUCGUGGAAAGUUACAAGUUGAAGAAGGCCGUUGUGUCGUCUGCUUCCGAAGCGGCUGAGCUUCUCCUCCGUGUGGACAACAUCAUCCGCUCUGCCCCCCGUCAACGCCAGCGGAUGUAA